AUGAACGUCGUUGGCAGUUUACACCAUCACCCCGCCGUGCAUGAGGGCUUUCCAUUCGCCCCAAGUAGCCGUUGCCAACAAGACCAUCCGUUUUUGCAGAGCUGGUUCCUAAAUCAGGGAGUUUUGUCCCCUGAUUACUCCAGCCAGCCUUCCUGCAGCCCCGAUCGCAGUGUUAAUGGAGUGUUCUCCGAUCCCGCCCGACAAGCACCAGGACUCCGCAGAGAAGCAGCCGUCCCGAAAAAGGAGCGGCGCCGUACAGAGAGCAUCAACAGCGCCUUCGCCGAGCUGCGGGACUGCAUUCCCAACGUCCCGGCCGACACUAAACUAUCCAAGAUUAAAACGCUUCGGUUGGCGACGAGUUACAUUGCUUAUCUCAUGGAUACUUUGGCAAAAGACAGUCAGGUCGGGGAGACGGAGGCUUUCAAAGCGGAUCUGAAGAAAAUGGACAGUAGAGAAAGUAAACGCAAACGAGAGUUAAACCAGAACGAAACAAUGAGCCCACCCAAAAGCAGCAGCAACAAGAAACUGAAGGGGAGAACGGGGUGGCCACAGCAAGUCUGGGCCCUCGAACUCUGCCAGUGA